GAGCCCUGGUUCAGACUUGAGUUUCUUGUUCCGUAGCUACGUUGCAUCCCAAGACGAGCGCACCAUCGAGCUGAUGGAUAGGAGUACGACCAUGGACGAAGAAGUGGCCAUGGGCAGAUCGUUCAACGACGAGAAAGCUGGAGACGAGAAGCGCUCGAGGAUGCCGUUCCACUUGCUGACGGUGAGUAUGACGAUGAAGCCUCGUGGAUUCCAUCUGAUCAAGAACACGAAGAGCACCGGCGGUUUCGAG